GCCUCACCUUUUAGACUACCUCAUCAAACCCGUUACAAAUCACAUAACAAUCUAAAUUGGUGCAUCCGUCUGUAGCAAUGAGCCGCUUCCUUCUUACUGCGAUGAGUCGAUGACGCUAAGUGGUAAGAUUUAGCACACGCUACCAUUUCUACCCCACACUUGGGGUGCGGUACAUCAGCAAGUGACAUGAAGAACGGAGUCGGAGUUAUCGUCCUUUUCGGACUUUUUCAAUAUGGGCUAGCAAUAGUAUGCUAUGAAUGCAACAGCGCUCUGAACUCCAUCUGCUCUGCCGCCGUACUCCCAGAUAGCCUGAAGAGGAACUGCUCUGACCUGGACAGGGGCGUCACCCACACGCUCUGCAGGAAGAUCGUGCAGCAUGUGGAACAUGAGAUCAAUGGUCAGAUGCCCAUGAGCAGGAUCAUCAGGAGCUGCGGAUGGGAUGAAUCGCGGUAUAACAACACCUGCUACCAUCGAUCUGGCUAUGGUGGUCGCCAGGAGGUGUGCUCCUGCAGCAAGGAUCUCUGCAACGGUUCAGCGAAGAUAAGCUCAAAACAUGGACUAAUUUCCACUGUAGUGUUCAUUUUUAUCAGCAAAUUUGUGAUGUUUUAGAUUGAUUUGUGUCCGAUUUUAUGAGAUUGUUAGAAAUUGUAAGCUUUGAACGGAUUUAAAACGAGAUUAAGACGAAAUUCGCAUAGUUUACAACGAUUUAGUUUCAUGUCCACUUUAGCCGAGAUGGUAAAAUCUAGAAAAACAUGGUAGUUAGUAUCUCGUUUUUUAAUCCCAAAAAAGUUUUUGUGAUCUAUUUCUUUUAAUUUUAAUGCAUUAAAAGAAAAAAAAAAAACGUCAAAUGGCUCUGUGUAACUUAAUCACUCAUGACGCCCUAAUGUUGUUAUUAAUUGUUAAGUAUACAGUUCAGAUUUUAGGUGCUUAGUUAGAAAAUACAUGUACAUCAGAUAAAUAAAAAUUUAUGUUUCUUAA